ACCCACAAAGUGUGACAAUACCUAAAACAUGGAAUUCGCAACAUCAAACUUUGCAUCAGACAACUUAUAUAUCCGUGGAUUUUUUUCAUAUGCCGGAUAGUUGCAUUCAUGAUUUACAUGAAAAUUCCUACCAGGUUCAUUCAAUUAUCCAAGCAUAAAUGCUGGACACUCACAUUUAAUUAAUUAAUUAGGGAAAUCCUUAUGAUAAUGACUAUUUUACUUUCCAUAUCAACGACCUUAUUCGUAGUUUCGUUUUCACAAUCAAUGCUUGAAUAAAAUAAGUUCUUUUCCUAAAUGAAAUGUAUUCAGUGUACACUUUCAUUAAUCCUGAGAACCAAAAAGAGAUUUUGAUAUUCUUAUCAUUACCAAAGUAUUCAGUAAUACAAAAUUAUUAGUAAGCUUCGAGAACUAAAUGCUAUCACUCAUAAGAGGAACUGGUGAUAUGUCACACUUAAUUUAAAAUGGUUCGUAAACCAUUUAUUGGUGCUAACUGAUUUGUUAACGGUAAUAUGACCAGUUGUACUUUUACUAAUUUGCUUAAUUCUCCUAAAUCUAUUUGGUCAGAAGAAAUAGUACAAUGCUGUUAAACUUUAUGUGAAUGAAAUCUAAGCUUUCAUUGAAACUAAUUAUUCGUACGUGCAAUUGUUAAAUUCUUUAAAACAUAGUUUGUAUAUUUCAAAUGUGUGAUAUAAUUCACUAUAAUAAUAAUAAUAAUAAUAAUAAUAAUAAUAAUAAUAAUAAUAAUAAUAAUAAUAAUAAUAAUAAUAAUAAUAAUAAUAAUAAUAAUAAUAAUAAUAAUAAUAAUAAUAAUAAUAAUAAUAAUAAUAAUAAUAAUAAUAAUAAUAAUAAUAAUAAUAAUAAUAAUAAUAAUAAUAAUAAUAAUAAUAAUAAUAAUAAUAAUAAUAAUAAUAAUAAUAAUAAUAAUAAUAAUAAUAAUAAUAAUAAUAAUAAUAAUAACAAUAAUAAUAAUAAUAAUAAUAAUAAUAAUAAUAAUAAUAAUACUGAUAAUGGGGAAAAUAUGAUAUUCUCAAUCAUUUAUCGGAAAUAA